GUUCAUUGUGUUAAGUGUUUUAGGUUUCACUCUUGGGACUCUAAUUUUGAAAAUUACCAGACUAAGCAAGGGAGCAGCCAUUUUGGUUUCAGUUUGCUCAGCUCUCUCAAGCUUUAAGCUCCAUGUGACUGCCGCUCCAGUUUUCUUUAAUGUUCAUGUCUUCGAAAGCAUUGUCAUUUCACUCUCCUUUGAAGCAUAUUGGAGUAAACAUCAGGAGUUUUGAAAACUACACCCUGGCUCCAGUCUUUAUUUGAAGGGAGUUUGGCUUGCUGCUAAAUUGUGUUCACACAUAUGGAAACACACAAGGAGAGCAGUACAGUGAAAUGACAAAUCAGCUGGCUGAACAUCUUGGCAGAAGCGUACAGUAGCAAGUAGUGAGCAUCAUGGCUGAAAGGUAUCUAAAAGACACCACGUUAGGAAAGAUACAAAGUAAAAGUAACAGAGCAUCUGACACAUCCUCUAAAAGUUCCAUAAGAACUUCAAGAUCCUCAAGAUCUUCAGUUGGUGUUGCUGCAGCACGUGCUAGAGCUAAGGCAGAGGCAGCACGUGCACGAGUUACCUUUUCAGAGAGAGAAAUUGCAAUUAAAGUGGACUCAGCCAGACUACAAGCUAAUUUGGAAGCCCUACAUCUGGAAAAAGAGGCUGCAGCUGCUAGUGCAGAAGCGGAUAUAUUAGAAGCAGCAGCAGAGUUUGAGGAUGAGGAGCCAUAUGAAAGGAAAAGUCACUCUUCAUCAGCACAAAGCACAAAAAAACGUGUUUGUGAUUAUGUCAGGGAUCAAGCUACAUAUCUCAGUGAGCAGGCCGACUUAACCGCUGAUCAGUCUCAUGAUUGCAAAUCUGAACCAGACCAAGUGACGGAUCAGAACCAGUUUACCUCUCAAACUGAACCAAAUAUAGUGCAUGUGAAUGAUGACCAGUAUGUCGUACUUGAUGCAUGUUCUACAUCUCCAUCUCUAAGAGUGCCAAAACUGCAACAAGUAAAACUCCCAAGAAACAUGAAAAAAGAGUCAAUAGAAAUACCAGUCAGCAAUAAAUGGCAGCAACAGGCUAAGUGCAGCGGUGUAUCCAGAUCUUUGCCACAACACUCAGAAACUUCAGGCAUGAUGGACCUAGUGAAAUAUCUUGCACGUCGUGAGCUGGUGAGCAGUGGUUUAACACGCUUUGAUGAUCACCCUGAAAGUUACAGAGCCUGGAGGUCCUCUUUUAUCAACACAAUCAAAGACUUGGGUCUUACGGCCAGUGAGGAGCUAGACUUGUUGUCAAAGUGGCUUGGUAAAGAAUCUUCAGAAUACGUAAGACGUCUCAGGGCAGUUCACAUAGGAAACCCAGACACAGCCUUGAAAAUGGUCUGGAACAGACUUGAUGAAUGCUACAGCUCACCUGAAGUAAUCGAAAGUGCGUUGUUUAAGAAGUUAGACAGUUUUCCCAGGAUUUCAGGUAAAGACAACCUCAAAUUAAGAGAGCUAGGAGAUCUUUUAAUGGAGCUUCUCUCAGCCAAAGAUGACGGCUAUCUACCAGGUUUAGCCUACUUAGACACUGCUCGCGGCAUCAGGCCCAUCGUUGAAAAACUGCCAUAUACCUUACAAGAGAAAUGGAUUUCUCAAGGCUCAAAGUUGAAAGAAGAAUUUGGUGUCACUUAUCCUCCUUUCUCGUUCUUUACUCAGUUCAUUUGCAAUCAUGCUAAAACACGUAAUGAUCCCAGCUUUGCCUUUUCUAGUAGUUGCCGCCCACAGUAUGAAGGGCUCACUGUAAACCGCUCUAACUUCAAGACGCCAGUGUUGGUGCACAAAACUGAAAUCUCUCAUAGUGCAUUUCAAGACAAAAUGCCUUCUAAAGAUGAUCCAGCCAAAUACUGUCCUAUACACAACAAACCUCACCCUUUAAGGAAAUGUCGAGGCUUCAGAUUGAAAACCAUCGAUGAGCGAAAAGCAUACCUAAAAGACCAAGGGAUCUGCUUUAGGUGCUGCUCUUCAUCAUCACACUUUGCUCGCGAUUGCAAAGUCAUUCUAAAAUGUGAUGAGUGCAACAGUGACAGUCACAACUCAGCUCUGCAUCCUGGUCCACCCUCAUGGACACCUAAAAUCCGAAGUCCUCCAUUACAGCAUGGCGGGGAGGAUGCAGGAGAAAAUCCAACAACACAAGAAGUGAGCUCCCUUUGCACUGAAGUUUGUCAUGGUCUUUCCACAAAAUCUUGUUCCAAAAUAUGUCUCGUCAAGGUGUUUCCUGUGGGGCAUCCUGAGAAUGCAGUAAAGAUGUAUGCUAUACUCGACGAUCAGAGCAACAGAUCUCUGGCCAGGUCAAGAUUUUUUGACAUAUUCAACAUCAAUAGUAAAGCAACUCCUUACAGCCUAAAGACAUGUGCUGGGUUGAUUGAGUGCUUAGGAAGGAAAGCAAAUGGCUAUCAGAUUGAAGCGGCAAAUGGUGGAAUCAGUCUUGCGCUUCCAACACUAAUUGAAUGUGAUGAAAUACCCAACAACCGUGAUGAAAUUCCAACACCUGAAGCUGCUCUCCAUCAACUUCACCUCAAGCAUAUUGCAUCUGAAAUACCAGAAGACAUACUCAGAGUUCAUAAAGUGAGGAAACAAAUUAAUGGCCCAAAUAACACACCCUUUGGCCAAAAACUUGACUUAGGAUGGGUUCUGGUCGGUGAAGUAUGCCUAGGAGAUGUGCACAAGCCCAGUGUUUCCAGUUUCAAGACAAACAUCUUAGAAAAUGGAAGACCCUCACUGUUUAUUCCUUGUACAAGUCACGUACACAUUAAAGAAAAGAUCACCAGUAACUUAACAGCUCUGCAUACAGCCCAUGACUUCGAAGCCCACUGUAACAUGAACGAAGACAAUCUCGGCCAGACUCUAUUUAAGAGAUCAGAGAAUGACAAUAAGCCUGCACUCUCCGUCGAGGAUGAAGUCUUUCUAAAGAUUAUGGAGAAAGAUGUUUUCCAGGAUAAUUCCAACAGUUGGGUGGCCCCUCUUCCUUUUAGGUCUCCACGCCCAGUUCUUUCGAACAACAGAGAUCAAGCUUUGAGCCGCCUCUCUUCCUUACGACGUACCCUAGAACGGAAGCCAGAUAUGAAAGAACAGUUUGUAACUUUCAUGCAAAAACUAUUCAACAGUGAUCAUGCAGAACUUGCAGCUCCACUACCAAAGGGAAAUGAAUGCUGGUACUUACCACUAUUCGGAGUCUAUCAUCCCAAAAAAACAGAUCAGAUCAGGGUAGUAUUUGACUCCAGCGCACAGCAUGAAGGUACCUCUCUCAAUAAUGUGCUCCUCACUGGACCAGACCUUAAUAACAGCCUCAUUGGCGUCCUGAUGCGCUUCAGGAAAGAAUGUGUAGCAGUGAUGGCAGACAUACAACAAAUGUUUCACUGUUUUGUUGUGAGAGAAGAUCACAGAGAUUACCUACGCUUCCUAUGGUACCGUGAUAACGACCUUAACAAGGACAUUGUUGAAUACAAGAUGAAAGUCCAUGUGUUUGGCAACAGUCCUUCCCCGGCGGUAGCGAUUUACUGUUUAAGACGAGCAGCAGAGAAGGGUGCUCUGCGAUACGGUCCAGACACCCGGUACUUUGUGGAACGUGGAUUCUAUGUGGAUGAUGCACUAAUCUCCUUGCCAACUGAAGAGGAAGCAAUAGACCUACUAAAGAGAACACAAGCAUCCCUCUCCGAAUCAAACCUGCGGCUGCACAAGAUUGUAUCCAACAGUCUACAAGUACUCAAAGCAUUCCCAACUGAAGAUCACGCGAAAGACAUCAAAGACCUCGAUCUCAGUGGAACAACUAUGCCUACACAACGCAGCCUUGGUCUGAAUUGGGAGACUGCGACUGAUACAUUUACAUUUAAAGUAUCAGUCAACGACAAACCAUUCACACGCCGUGGUGUCCUUUCCAUAAUUAAUAGUCUCUUUGAUCCUCUCGGUCUUGUGGCUCCUGUCACUAUACAGGGGAGGUUUCUACUUCGAGAGCUAUCCAUUGAAGGAACAGACUGGGAUGAAUCACUGCCACAAGAGAAACAUGGUGAGUGGGAAUCAUGA